AUACCUGAAUCAGAGAUUGAAAAGAAAACCGGGCGUAGUCCGUGAAUUGGGUGUUCGUUAUUCCGUUGAUGACCUGAAACAUACCUUAAGCCGGUACAUAUAAGUCAAACAUGGCUUCGAAAGCCCCAACUUUCCCCGGUUAUGCGCCCAUCUCAAACCGCAUCUUCAUCCGGAAUGAGACGAGUAGCUCAGAUUUGGAGAAUGCUAGGAGCAAGACGACAGCAAAUGACCCAACCACAAUUCUGAUAUAUGGGUGGGGAGAUGGAAGCCCUCGCCAUGUUGCCAAAUACUCCGAAGGUUAUCACGCACUCUUCCCCUCAGCCAGGAUUGUGGUCAUAAUCAACCCGAUCUUUGCUGCCACAACCCAACUACUCCCGCAGCGUACAGAGGCCAUGCGCCCUCUCAUUGACACGUGCUUUCCCACCAAGGAUGACGGGUCUGAGCGGGUCAUUAUGCACAUCAUGUCAAACACGGGCGGCAUCUACGCCGCGGCGACAUUGAACGCAUACCGCGAACGCCACGGUCAAGACGCUGCGUUGCCGCACCAUCUAUGCGUCUCGGACUCGACCCCGGGUAGCUUGAACUUUACCUCCGAAGUCUGGCGAUGGAGCCGGGCAAUGGCGAUGGGCGUUCCCAAGUGGUUUCCCCUGCCCUUCAAGUUCACGCAAGCCCUCUGUGCGGCCUUCCUGUCCCUGAUGAAUUAUCUCGCGAUAGCCGUGGGCAUUGAGCCGUCAGGCGUGCACAGCGCUCGGAUAUUCACCGAACACGGCUACGCGACCCCGAAGGCGCUUAGGUUGUUUUGCUAUUCGAAAGAAGACGACCUGAUACACUGGGAGGACCUUGAAGAACAGGCUGCUAAUGCCAGGAAUAAAGGAUAUAGCACGGUGCUAGAAGAGUUCAAGGGCUCGCCCCAUGUGGGACAUAUGCGCAUGCACCCAGAGCAGUACUGGGCUACUAUCCUCCGGUGCUGGAAACAGGCUAUGGCGAUGGAUGAGAAAGCAUGAGGGUUGACGUUUACAGUCGUCUACCUACUAAUAGUAUGGACAUCGCAGAUAUUUAAUGACAAUAGACUUACCCAUAUAGAGUAUAGAUACAUGUAUAUACACAUAUGAUUCAGAUUUAGCAUGCAGAAGAACCAGUAAUACCAAGAUACUAUUUAUGAAUUGUUAA